AUGAAUCUAUCCAAGUUGUUUAUCGUCGUCCUGCUGGGCAUGCUGCUACUGUUCGCUGGCCAAACCGAGGCGGGUCAUUUGAAGAAGUUUGGCAAAAAACUGGAAAAGAUCGGCAAAAAUGUGUUUCACGCGGUGGAAAAGGUAGUGCCCGUGCUGCAGGGUGUACAGGAUUUGCGCGACGGGAAGAAGGGCUAA